AUGAGCUCUCAUGGGUGGUCCGGAGAGGGACUAGGAGAGGAAGCGGAGGAGGGGCUCAGUGGGUGGGCUCCCCCGCUUGAGACAGAGAAGCCACCUCCUGCUGAGAUCCGUGAAGACGAAGACGGAGAGCACGCAGGAAGGUCCGUCGAGGGUGACGUGGGCGGAAGGACUCCGACUGGGGGCGGUUCGAUUGAGGGUUCGGAACGAGGAACGCCGAGGAGAACCGAACCCAGGGUCGAAGGUCGCGAGGCUCGAAUGGACGGAUGGACGCUCAGGUCUGAACCUCUGUCUCCAAGAGCAAGAAGGAUGGCUGAGUCGGUGCUAGACACGCCCCGGGGCCGAGAGAUGUUUAACCAGUUCCUCGCGCGGCUGGCACGCCAACCAGCGCCGAGCGAAGAACCGGCUCCGGCGAAGACGACGACGGGUGAGACGGCGGAAGCCGUAACGUCGACCCCGAGAGCUCGACAGAGAGACGCGUUCUACUUGGAUGCGUCGAGGCCGUCGCUACCUCUUGUGGGCGAGACGCAAGGCGAGGUACCGACGGUAACGUCAGCCGGUGCAGCGUUAAAUGCGAGAGGAACGACGAGGCACACUCCUCCGCGGGUGGCAGAACGCCAUGAUGUGGCGAGAACACUGUAUUCGGAGGGUGGCACGUCCAGGAGGCAGGGAGGAACGCCUGCGCAGGCGACGGAGACGCCGACAAGGAGGGCCAGAACGCCGACGUCAGACUCUGCGUUACAAGAGAUGUUGGUCGACACGUUUAGUCGGGCACUCCAGAGCUAUCAACCUCGGCUGGAACGCCGACGAGAACGCCACGACAGGCAAGGGCGAGGUCUGUGUCGCACCCAGUGCCGGCGUCCUCAGGGAACGCCUUCGUCGGUCAGACUCGACCGGCUAGUACACCGAUGCUCGAGUAUCAAGGCUCGAUGGCUCCCAGAGUGGCGCUACCGGCGCCAGCUCCGGCGGGAAUGCCAAUGGCAGCUAUCCCGUCCUAUGGUGGAGUGA